GAGGGUUUAAGCGCCACCGCCUCCCUCUUGCUUUCCGCUUCCUUUUCAAAUUAUCUUUGGUUCUCUUCCUGGUUGUUGAUCAUUAUCUUGUACAAGCCAUAUUCUUAUCACUUCUAAAAUAUGGAAAACUCAGAUACAAAGGUGACAAGUUCAUCACCACCACCAUUGCUGCCACCAGUAGUCAGAGAAGAGCCAGAGCUGAAAAAACUUAAAAUGUCUACCACCACUUCUGAUGAUGAAGAAUGCACUACUACAACUGGGACUAAGAAAAGAUACAAGCGCCGCAAAAUUGCCAUUUUUUUUGCUUACUGUGGUGUUGGCUAUCAAGGCAUGCAGAAAAAUCCUGGCGCCAAGACAAUUGAAGGUGACCUAGAAGAAGCCUUAUUUGUGUCUGGAGCUGUCCCUGAGCAGGAUCGCGGAAUUCCUAAAAGGUAUGACUGGGCUCGCUCUGCUCGAACUGAUAAAGGUGUUAGUGCUGUUGGUCAGGUUGUCUCAGGACGUUUUUAUAUUGAUCCGCCUGGUCUUGUUGACCGCCUUAAUUCAAACCUUUCUCCUCAGAUACGAAUCUUUGGUUACAAGCGUGUCACAGCAUCUUUUAAUGCCAAGAAGUUCUGUGAUCGGAGGAGGUAUGUCUAUCUCAUUCCUGUGUUUGCUCUUGAUCCGAGUUCACAUCGUGACAGAGAGAGUGUGUUAGCUAGUGUGGGGUCUGAAAAUGAGCUUGUUAAAUGUGUUGAUUGUUCUGAGAGGGGUCGUAAGGUGCCUGGCUUGGUUGGUAAGCACAAUACAGGAUUAGAAGCUAUGGAUUCAUCCAAAGAAAAUCCUGCUCCUAACUCCGGAGUCGCAGAGGAUUUUGGGGUUACUUUGAACGAAACUGAUGGUGAUCAUUUAAAUAAGAAAUCCAGUAGUGAGGGUGAGAUUCCAGUGGAGAGUUUGAAUUCUGAACUUGAGUCUGUCGUUCCUUCUCAUGGUGAGGUCGCUCACAUGAAUGGUGGAUCAAUGGACGAUUCAAGCUUUGUUGGCAAAGAAAAUGUCAAUGAAGAGGAGGAGACUAUAAAGGGAAGUGGAUUCUGUUAUGGUGAGAAGGAGCGGGAAAGGUUUAAUAGGAUUUUGAAGUAUUAUGUAGGGACUCAUAAUUUUCAUAACUUCACCACGAGAACAAAAGCUGAGGACCCUGCUGCUAAGCGUUUCAUAAUUUCAUUCGACGCUAACACCGUUGUCACAGUUGAGGGCAUUGAAUUUGUGAAGUGUGAGGUUGUGGGACAGAGCUUCAUGCUUCAUCAGAUACGGAAGAUGAUGGGUCUUGCUGUAGCAAUUAUGAGAAACUGUGCGCCAGAGUCACUUGUUGAGAAAGCUUUGCAGAAGGAUGUUAACGUUAAUGUGCCUACUGCUCCAGAGGUUGGUUUAUACUUGGAUGAGUGCUUCUUUGCAUCAUAUAACCAUAAAUGGAAAGAUAGUCACGAAGAAUUGUCAAUGAAAGCAUAUGAGAAAGAAGCUGAAGAUUUCAAGAUGAAGUAUAUAUAUUCUCAUAUUGCUUCCACAGAGAAGAAGGAUGGAGCUGUAGCUCUCUGGUUGCAUUCUCUAAACCAUAGAAAUUAUCCAGAUCUGCGAAUUGUCAAUGAGGAAGGCAUUACUGAUAACAAGAGAGAUCAACCGGAAGUUAUCAGCUAAUGAACUAUUUUUCCAUAGUACAAUUAGAACUCUUGAUUCAUUAUUGAUCUGUGCCUAUUUAUUUUUCCCCCUGUUACCUUUGGCAAGAUAGGCUUCGCUUAAACUGGUUGAGAGAGUUCAGACUGAUUUUACAUAAAAAAACUACAAUCUUCCCUAGAUGUGGACUGCUUCUUUGUUUAUCAUUCGGUAGGACUUUCUUUCCUUGUUGUAUUCUUAAUUUUUCCUUUAUUAGCCAAUAGGAUUUUACUUGCCUAUGUCUCUUCGAACAUGAUUUGGCUUAUAUGAUUUGUGAAUCUUGUAUCAUCCUGUUUGGCUGAGCGGUUAAACGUCCACAACUUA